GUAAGUUGUUAAAGUGAGUAGUAUUUGGUAUUGUUUUCUUUGUGAAGAGUAUAUUUUGGACAGUAUUAAUUUGUGACAUGGCUAACUUACCACCCUCGGGUCCUCCGUAUGUUGGCUACCCUCCCCCACCACUACCAGCUGGCAUGGCGUACGUCCCCACCCAAGUGAUGUACCCUAUGUACCCUCCCCCGCCUCCAGUCCAUCAUCACCCGCCACCUCCAGUCUACCAUCCCCCACCUCCACCAGUCUAUCAUCCCCCGCCUCCGCCGCAGCCCCAACACACCUAUCCACCUCCACAAAGUACAUACCCUCAUCCACCACAACCGGAUCCAGUGCAUGUUGUUGACGAUCCUUCACCACCUACGGUUGUAGAGGAACCAGAUUACGAAUUUGUAGCAGCCACGCCUCAUACCGCUGAUGCUCUGGCUAGCAGAGUGUUUGUGACCGGCAGGGAGGGCUGGGAUUUCAGUCCUCUGUGGUCGAUCCGUGCUCAUCAUAACGGAGGUCUGAUCCCUGGGAAGCUGGCCAUUGCACACAGGAGUGCUUUUAUCCCUUUUGCUGGAAAGGAAAUUCGAGUUCAUAACUUUGAGGUUUUCUGUGCAAAUCCUAACAAAGUAAGAUGGAUGUCAUCAAGAAAUGGACAAAUCCCCUCCGGUGCGAUACCUGCUGGUAACACUUCUACUGGUGAACCGCUUUAUAUCGGAAGAGUGAGACACAGAGGCUCUAUAACACCUGGAAAGGUUCAUCCUAGUCACGCCUGCUGCUACAUUUCAUUCGAUAGUUCUGAAGUAUCUUAUAAGACUUAUGACAUCUUGUGUUCUAUCAACUGAUAGAUUACAUACAAUACAAGGAAUACAUUCUGUUUUGCUUUUUAUGACGAAUUAUUCAUGUGUAAUUUUUUAUACCAACCUAUAUAGUAAAAAAUGAUGAACUGAUAAUUGUUAAUAUAAUUAGCAAUUAAAUUAAUGUGUAACUGUUAAAUUGAAUAAUUUACUGAAGUGUACGAUAUAUAUUAUAUAUAUAUUUU